AUAAGGACGAUGUUAUUUUCCCAAGCCAUUUUUGUGUGUUCUCUAAUUUAUCUAGCUUAUGGAUUGCAACUUAAGGUCAGUUAUGAAUACAAAUACAGCUUUAAAGGCCCCCACCUGAUCCAGAGCAACAAUAGCAUCCCAUUCUGGGAUUACGGGGGAGAUGCUGUCGCUGGUGAUGAUUAUAUCAGAUUAACUCCCUAUAGAAGAAGCAAGAGAGGAUGGAUCUGGACCACUCUGAAAACUAACUUUAACCAGUGGUCUGUGGAAUGUGUUUUCAAGGUCUCAGGUCGAGGUCGUUCGGGCGCAGAUGGACUUGCGAUGUGGUUUACCGAGGAGAAAGGUCAGGAGGGACCAGUUUUUGGGAACCAGGAUAUGUGGAGGGGAUUAGGUGUCUUCAUGGACACCUUUGAUAAUGAUGGACAGCAAAACAACCCAUACAUUAUGGCAAUGGUCAACGAUGGAACUCAACAGUAUGACCAUCAGAAUGAUGGAUCACAACAGCAACUUGGUGGAUGUCUGCGUGACUUUAGAAACAAGCCGUAUCCCGUCAGGGUAAAGAUAGAAUACAAAAACAAAAGCCUAACGGUAUUUGUGAACAAUGGUCUGACCAAUAAUAAGGACGAUUUUGAGCUCUGUCUGAGACAGGAGAACGUAAAUCUCCCAGACAGUGGCUACUUUGGUGUAAGUGCUGCUACUGGUAGACUCGCAGAUGAACAUAGAGUCUUGGCCUUCCUCACCCAUUCACUGCUUUAAUUCACAGGACGAACAGACUACAAGAUGAUUUUUCUCUCCUACUCUGUGAAAGAGCGCAAUAUUUAGCUCUCCAGAGACAGAGACAUUAAUUAUGUAAACAAACAGUCUCUCUUCGUUAUUUGAUCAUACCCGGCAUCACCUGCCUAAAGAUUAAACAAAAUGAUAUUUUGAUUCUUCCUUUAUAUUAAACCUUUCAAAUUUGUGUCUAGAUUGAUAUCUCUGCCAUCAGA